AUGCCUCAAGCCCGCCCACCGAAACGACCCAGCGACGCCGGCGAUGUCGUGCCCGACGGGGGCUCGGCGCCCAAGGUGAAGCUUGCACGCCUUGAGCGCGGGCCUGAAGACUUUUCAAGCGUGGUUAAAAGCAAGCUGCAAUCAUAUACGCGUACAGGCCAGGCAUGCGAUCGAUGCAAGGUCCGAAAAAUUCGCUGCGAUGCGCUCCCCGAGGGUUGUUCACACUGCGCCAAUCAGAAUCUCGAAUGCUACGUGACGGAUCGCGUCACGGGACGUACGGAGCGACGCGGAUACUUGCAACAGCUCGAACGCGAGAAGGGUGCUAUGUUGGUGCAUAUUCGUGAGCUCGAGCAGCUGCUCAGGAAUAAUGGGGUUGAGGUAAGGCCCUGGCAGUGGCCCGGAUACAACACCACCUACCCUCCCGGCUCCUCCUUCGACGCCCUGGGGAACCCCGUCCAAGACCCAUCGUCGAAGGAUCAAUGGCAUCAGGUCGGCCUAGUGUGGGUCAAGAACAACGGCCGGCAAAAGACCCCGGCACACUCAUCUGACUACAACCCGUGGGCGCUUGAAACCAGGCCUGCGGACAGUUAUCUCGGCGUGUCUUCGGAUAGCGCGCCUCUCAGUUCUAUCAAGGGGACUACGCUGUCGAUUCUUGGGACCACCAUUGAUAUAACGUCAUUUGAUGCUCCGGAUAUGGAGGAGCCUCCGCCGGGAACGCCCAUUGGCUCGCCGCUGUACAACAAAUCCGUCAUGGCCUUCUUGCAGUCCACGCUGAACGUUAAUCCGGCUAUGGGCAAUGUUGAACUGCCUUCAAGACUAGAUGCCUUUACAUACGCUGAAUGGUACUUUCUGAUGAUAUCCCCUUUUCUCCCAGUCCUCCACAAGCCUUCCUUUGACCAACUUUUGACGCGCAUCUACGACGAUCCAACCUUCAAACCGUCCGUACCAGAGUUGGUAAUUGUCCAUAUGGUCUUUGCUACGAUCUACUUCCAGUAUGGCAUCAGAAAUCGCGAGGAACCAGAAAAGCACGCGCAGCUCAAUGAGCUGUCAAACAAGCACUACCACUGGAGCUUGAGCAAAUUUUUCGACUUGGCCAUCUCGCAAACCGUGACUUCAGUCCAGGCCCUGGCCAUGAUCGUCUCACACACACGCAAUUUCCCCAAACCUGGCUGUUCAUCAACCAUCGCCAACUAUGCGUUGAUGAAGGCCAUCGAGCUGAACCUGCACAGGGCCGUUAAAAUACCUGGAGGCGGGACAAAUCUGGAAAACGAGGUACGCAAAAGAGUAUGGUGGGCCAUACUGGGCGUCAUGGUCACCCUGAAUGGCCGCCUCGGUAGGCCGAUGCCGAUCUCUGUUGAGGAGUUCGAUACCGAGUUCCCGAUUGCCAUCAGGGACGAGCUUCUGGGAGAGGAUGGCGUCCUAGACAGUUCUCAGAUUGGCCAUUGCAAUUAUCAAGUGGGCCUGAUGGGAUUCAAAGCGGUGCCCUUGUACAUGGAGAUGUACUCCAAGAUUUACAGCGUGCGGCGGGACCCCAGCAAGUACACUCAGGUGGUUCGGAAACUGGAAGCGGAGAUGCAGAAUCUGUUGGACAAUAUGCCCGACGAGCUCAAGGUGGAAAAGUGCCAGCCGGGGAGCCAGAUCUUUGCUCUGUACACGCAAGCCUUCUGUCUCGAGUUCACAUUAUGCCUGAGACACCCUUCGGUUUGCAUGACUGAUGACGCCAAGUUCUGCGCUGAGAAUACGAGGAUUAGUGAGGAAACGGCGAGGAAGCUUCUGAAAGUGGUUGCAUCACUGCUGAAGAUGAAGUCAUUGGACACAACAUGGUACCAAUUGGCAGUGUAUGUUGCCGCCAUCUUCACGUCACUCGUGGCACACUGGCAAAGACGAUACGAUACCACGGCAUUCGAGAUUGCCACGCUGCGCGAAGAAAUGGGCGUGUGGCUGAGCAUCAUUGGGGAAAUUGGGCGUCUCCUCGGCACGGGCAACAGGCUUGCAGCCGAGAUCAGCGCGAUUAUUGAACGAACCAUUAGCUGGAUUGAGCAAGACAUGGGCCGUAAGCCUGGCUCUCAACCUGGCCAGACAUCUGACGAUAAGCGCCCGUCACCAUCGUAUCAGCAAUCGUCCGUCAAACCCGAGCCGCAGCCAAGUAACACUCUUGUAUCCAGCGGCAUGGGUUCGGCCGCUAGCGAACAACGCAACACUGGCACUGCCAACGGCAACAGCUUCUACGAGUCUGGGGGAGCUGCUACCGCGACGCCAUAUCCAGCGAUGGGAUAUAGCGAUCAGGCAACUGGGCGCCUCAGCGCGCAUGGACAUCAAAACGGGAAUGGAAUGAGUGCCAGCAACGCGUGCGACUCCUCUGGCGACUCGCAGUAUCUUUAUACUGCGGCAUCAGCCGUGACGGCAGCGACGGCACCGAACGUCACAACGGCGGGCGAGCAAGCGGCUUCGGCGCAGAAUCCUCUUGUAGCUUUCGCCUCACAAGCAACGCAACACGUCACCGGACAGGGGCAAGAUCACUGGCCGUCGCAGCCUCACCUCAUGGCACACAAUCCCGGGUCUGCAAACCCAUGGCAUGACUGGACAGCUGCGAUUGCCGACAGUCAGGACCGAUACAGCGCCAAUGCUCUCCUCACUCUGGGUUCGGGGCGGCCCGGAGCCGUCGGUGCCGGGGGAGUAGUCGACCAUAUCGGUCAGGGGGAAAGCAUGGGCGUUGGAAAUGUGGGUAACUCGCACUCGGGACAGUGGCCGCUCUUGUUGUUCGACGGGAGUGGCGCUGUGAGCGGUGCCUAA